CCCUCCUCUCCCGGCUUCCCCAACUGGCGCUCCCCCUCCCUCCCCUCUCUGGCCGGGAACCCCGUCUUCUUCGUCGGCGACCACCAGAUCUCGUUCUGCGGCCUCGACCUCGCCGACUUCUUCGUCCGCUUCCUCCGUUCGCCCCAGCUCCACCGCUCCAACUCGCUGCCGCACGGCGACUCGCUGCCGAGGAACUCGCUGCUCCCGGAUGCCUGCCUCCUCAUCCCUCAACCUAAUCUUCAAAUUGUACCACGAACUGUGUGAUCGAGCUCAGAUCCCUUGCGAACUGGAGUUCGAUUCGGUGUCUGACAAGGCCGGGGGCGCUUAGGGUUUCGGAUCUGAUGGCGCUAUUUGCGAUUUGCUGGGCGAUGGAGAGGUCUUGGAGGGUUGGGAAUAGGAAUGAAGCUGCUGGGGCUGUUCCCGAUUUCAAGCAUUUGGUGAUGUCGGUGUUGGUGGUCAGUAGAGAGGUUGAAGACGACGAGAGGAUCUGGGGGUGUGAGGUUUUGGGGAUGGAUCGGAGUGUUUCCGCUCAGAAGGUGUAGCUGUGGGUGAUGAGCAGCUGUCGGAGAGGCUCGGGGUUAAUCUCUGGCUCAAGAGGGAGGACUUGCAUCCAGAUGCCUUAAAACAACUCUGGAGGUUGGCUUUUCCUCAUCGAGAACUUCCUCCUCUCAAAUCGGAGUUAUGGAAGGAGAUGGGUUGGCAAGGUCCUGACCCAUCAACAGAUUUUAGGAGUGGUGGAUUUAUCUCCUUAGAGAACCUUAUAUUUUUGGCCGAGAAGUAUCCACAAUCUUUUCAAAGACUUCUACACAAACAAGAUGGAAAGAGGUCUGAAUGGGAAUACCCUUUUGCUGCAGCUGGCGUCAAUGUAUCCUUCAUGUUGACUCAAAUGUUGGGCCUGAAAUCUGGCACUACUUUUUCAAGAACUGGAGCUCGAUUCAUUGAAUUGCUUGAAGCUGAUGAGAUGGCCUUUGACAAUCUCUAUUGCGUAGCUUUUCAGUUGCUCGAUUCAAAAUGGGUUUCAAUGCAUGCUUCUUAUAUGGAGUUCAAUGAAGUCCUAAAAUCUACAAGAACACAGCUUGAGCAUGAGCUUGGUUUAAAAGAUAUUUCCAGAGUGGAGGACCUGCCAGCAUACAGUGUGUUAAAUCGGUAGUACAUGGAAAAUUCAAAUCAGAAGAGGAGGAGGGAGGGGGGGGAUUGUGCACAUAGUUGUUACUCCCUCAAUUGGUCAGUCAUUCUUAAUGUUUUGUUGAACCAAAUGAAUGUAAAGCUUGUGCUUUUGGAAAACCCCGGCUCAGUGGAGAAAUAAAGAUUGAUGAAUGCUGUGCUGUAAAGGGUGCUUGUUUAUUUGUUACCAAGCAGAUGAGAUAACAACAAAUCUAUAAGAACUGAAAGGAACUCAAAUAGAUUAUUAAUCAUGUAUCGAUGAAUUACAUACUUUCCUAGAAGUGUCAUAGCCAUUGUAAAUAAUUUAUGUAAACGUUUGUAAAUAAUUUAUGUAU